GCAGGGCCGCGCUCGUGCGGCGGGGAGAGGGUGCAGCGGUCCCCGCUCGGAAGCAAAGGAAAGUGGGGCGCGGGGGUGCCUGUGUUUCCCGUUUGGGACGAGGCCGGAUAAAAGGAGAACGCCUUUCCUUCCUCUUCCUCCUCCUCCUCGAUACAGAGCGGCCUGUGGCUUAAUCAGCUGUCGCCUCCGUUUGGGCGAUCCGUGGAAGGCGGGGAUGGAAUCGACCGCGAAUCCGUGCUAAGGAAAAGAAAGGGGGUUUUCCGGGCCACCGACAACGCCUUAACCCCUCGCCCCUAAAGCGAAGACUCUUGGACCUCGGACCCUGACUCGUGGGGCAGGGCUUCUGUGUAUAAAGAUGAACAGAUACCUCCCAGUAGCUCGGCAACACUUCUUGGCUGCUCUGGCCAGCACCAGUGUCGUGGUGAAGUCCAUAUGUGCCAUCGUCAUCUUGCUCUACUUUCUCUCCUUUGCUGUGGACACUGUGUAUGGGCUUGGUGUGACGCCUGGGUUUCUCUUCCCGCCCAACUUUUGGAUUUGGACAUUAGCAACCCACAGUGUGGUGGAAAAACACAUCUGGGAUGUAGGUGUGAGCCUAGCUACUACAGUGGUGGCAGGGAGGCUGCUGGAGCCACUAUGGGGAGCCCUGGAGCUCUUGAUCUUCUUUGCAGUGGUGAAUGUAUCAGUGGGGCUCCUGGGGGCCUUUGCUUAUCUUCUCACCUAUAUGGCAUCAUUCAAUCUGUCUUACCUGUUUACCGUUCGCAUCUAUGGCAUGUUGGGCUUCCUUGGUGGUGUCUUGGUGGCCCUCAAACAAACCAUGGGUGACAGUACUGUCUUGAAGGUACCUCAGGUACGGAUGAAGGUUGUUCCCAUGCUUUUGCUCCUGAUCCUGGCAAUUCUGAGAUUGACCACCCUCAUCGAAAGCAAUGUCUUGGCCUCUUAUGGUUUUGGAGUUCUCUCCAGUUGGAUAUAUCUCCGUUUUUACCAGAGGCACAGCCGAGGACGUGGUGAUAUGUCAGACCACUUUGCAUUUGCCACAUUUUUCCCUGAGAUCCUGCAACCAGUGGUUGGCUUGCUAGCCAACCUUGUGCACAGCGUCUUGGUCAAAGUGAAAGUCUGUCGAAAAACAGUGAAACGUUAUGAUGUUGGUGCCCCUUCAUCUAUUACUAUCAGCUUACCAGGAACAGAUCCUCAGGAUGCUGAACGGAGAAGACAACUGGCCCUGAAGGCACUGAAUGAGCGGUUGAAGCGUGUAGAAGAUCAGUCGUCAUGGCCCAGCAUGGAGGAUGAAGAAGAAGAAGAAGAAAACAUCAAGGCUGAUACUCCUUUGCUACCCGAGAAGAGCCGGGACUCUGUCACUGCAGGGAAAGCAGGCAGCCAGGAGUCCAGCCUCAUUACCUUUGAGGAUGCCCCCUCUCAGUUGUGACCAUGAGGCACCUGCCCUCCUCUUCUACGUGUCCCUGUAUGCCAGAGCUGCUAAUGAUCCUUCACAUGCCCUUCCUCACAGUGCUGCCUGUUCUGCAGGAAGCAAAACACUGUGCCUGCUGGCCCUGAGGGAGACCACACGUCCCUUCCAACAUAUAUUUGCCACACUUGGCUGAUGCAAAGUCCCAGGACUCAUGGUGAAAACUGUUUGCACAGAUCUAAGAUUUGGGUUGUUGUCAUCAGAGAGAUGCCUGAACUGAGAAUUUCUCAGAAUUGGCAGGCCAGAGGGAGAGCUGCAUCUCUUCAGCACAAUAAGGAGCGUUCAUCUGAAUAAAGCAACCUGCAAAAUCUCCAACAAGUAGCUGCCAUUGUGGCUAUUAUCACAUGUAUGUGUGUUUAGCUCCUUCUGGCUGGCAGUUCCAGUCAACCUGUGUGGGGGCCCUGGCUUGCCCAGCCUGGCUCCUGUUUUUGAGCUGUAACUGCUAGACCACUGUAUAAGCCCACCAGGGCAUCCCAGAGCAAGUUCAGCAAGCAACACAGCACUUUCCCUCUUGAUUUUAUUUUACCUUGGCAGCAUUGGUUGUCAAAACAACUCUGCAACUUCCCCCUUUUCCUUUCAGAGUUGGCUUUGUUGUUGAUUAAAUGAGCAAGCACUUAAAACAAAUGCUUUGCUGUAUUAACCCUCGCUCCUUACAGAUUUGGUAGCCCUGGGGAGCUCUGCCAAAACAAGUUGCUGGGUUAGGCAUUCGCAGAACCAGCAGCUUAAAGCCUUUUUAAUAACAGCAUAGCCACUCAGUCCACCUCUUGAAUUCUUGACAGUGAUGGCUUUAGGGGUAAAGAGCAGGUUGCUAUGUGGACUACAGUACCUUGUGGAAAAGCAUUAUCUCAGAUUUUCCAUAGGACUCUAGAGGGAAUUAAUUUCAUUUCUGUUCUUUAGCUUUUGGUUCUUCAUUUUCCUUUUGCGGUGAUUCAAAUGACAAAGCUGCUUUGUCUUAGGUGGGGUGCCCAUACAUCCACAGGAUGUUGGAAUGAACUCCUUGCUACAGUAGAAUAUAUGUUGCUGGUUCUGUUUUACUUUUAAAGGUGCUUUUUGUGCGACCCUUGGCAUUUCUUCUGAUGCCUGCUUUUUCUCUUUGGUUAGAUCAUUAUUAGCCUCUUCCUCUCCUCUGGGAUGAGAUGCUUUUUCUUCCCUUUCUUUUUUUGUGGGUUGGCAAGGCCUAAGAUGUUUUGCCUUGACACCCAACCCCAAAGUAUCCCAAAGGGUACAACUCACCCAGCUGGAGGACUGGGUGAGGGGACACUUAGCAGAACAGGAAGAGAGUGUGAGACAAUGUUGUGAUAAUUUUUUUAAAGGACCACAUGAGGUUUUGUCAACCAGGUAAUGAAACACAAUUUCAGUAUCAAUAAACAGUUCUUUUGAAGAAUG